AACUCCAUUGAGAGGGGAUGUGUAUGCCUGUGACAAGGGCAUUUCCAGUCAUAUGGGCUAGAAGAUUUGGAUCUUGUGAACCUGGCUCAGACACCUACCAUGUGAAAUCUGUAGAGAAUUCCUCUUGUUGUAAAGCAAACAGCAAGAAACACAAAUGGAUGCUCAGUUGUUUUCCCCAUUAUUAGGAGGGAUCACUAGCACGCCGCCUCCACUGGAAUCAUCUCAUCUCUGCAGUGACUGGGCAGCACAGGAAGAGGAGAUUAGCUCCAAAACCUCCUUUCAAGACUGCACUAAGAAACGGGCACCAAUUAGUCUUUCUUAUUCUGGCAAUGCCCCUGAUAUGUUUGGGCUGGUUUCAAGCAUUUUAGAAGAGCCAAGCAAGCCAGAACCAGUUACAGAUUGGAAUUCUCUUUCAAGAUUGUUUCCCCCAGUGUGGGCACCUGAUCUUGGAAGCAAUGGUGAAUUCUCAGGGCUCUCAUCUAAGCACUCUGGUGAAAGUAGGGAUUUUUCAAACCUGCUGGGUACACAGAGCUACUAUCAGGAACACCUGCAAAAGCCUCAUGAUGUGGAGAUGUUGCACAGAGGUUUGGAAGAUCUUCAACUCAUAGAGUCUUGGCUUUCCCCUUCUGGCACUUGCACUCAGCCUGAUCAUGUUCUGAAGAGCAGUUAUCCUGAAAAUUCCUCUUUGCAGAAUAACAACAUGAUUCACCAGGAAGGCUUUUCCUUCCCAAGUGCAGACUAUAACCAGCAUCUCUGCAGUUAUGACCACGUGAGCUUAAAUGGAGACUAUGAGAAAAUGGCUUCCAGUUUUAGCACUUUCACUUCUCAGAACACAAUAAAAGAUGGCACUGGCAUUCAGAAAGAGUACUGGAAAAUUGAAAGAACAAGAGGCAAAGCUCUGAAAAAUGAUGCUCAAGAACAAACAAAGUAUUCCUGUGAUCUUCCCAAUCAGCCUGGUGAUAACUCUUGGGAUAAGGUGUCCCAGGACAACCACUUGUUCUCUAAAAGAUACGACAGCUUUGCAGCUGCACAUAAACUGCAGCCACCAAUUCAUCCUUCUCUCUAUUUUUUCAGUCAGCCCUCUAAUGAAAACAAUUUUUUUGGAGGGACAAACAGAAAACCACAGGAAACCCAUGUGCAGAAUGGUCAUCGUAGCUUUGCUUUGGGGGAUGCUUUUAAUCAUAAUGAAUGUAAGGCCCAGGUUAGUCCUAAAGACUGCUCUCGUCAAGUACCUGAGUAUGAUUUCCCUGCAAAACAUGGCAUGCAAAAUGGGAAUUAUUCAUCAUACCAGGGAUGUAUGUGGCUGGAGGGGAAAAUGGCAACUCUGACUGCUGUGUCGGGUAGCACCUGUGGAAAGCAGGUGGUGACAAGUCCACAGUCAUCCUCAGGGGUUUCCACCGUGUCCAGCGGUUCUCCCACCCAUCAGUCUAUAACGCAGUCAUCCUACUACUCACAUCUCUUACCUGUCCUCCCUCCAAGGAUAGAUGGAAGGUUACAAAUACCAAAUGGUGUUUCUCAUCAUUCAGGAGUUGCAAAUUUCAGCUCGGAAAGUCAGAAACAAGCGAAACCCUUUGGGCAGCCUCAGCGCAACUCAUUGACUCUUAAGGAGGAGCAGCACCGUAAAUUCCCCAUCAGUUUUUCCCCUGACUGGUUAAGGCAGCAGAAUGCUCUAAGUGAAGGCUCUGAAAAAUACCACAGGUUUCCAAAAAAGCAGACCUCAGAAAAUAAUAAUAAUAAAGAUGAUAGAAGAGGCAGAAGGAAUUGGGUUCCUCAGGUUGGGUGUGCAGCCCCAAACUGGCAACAGUCCAACGUGCUGCGCAGGAAGCACGAGCAGAACGGCGGCAGUGUGUCGGACUUCAUCAACCCUCCUUUUCUUCCUUCUUUCCCAUUAAUGUCUGAUUUUAAGCAAAAUCCCAAAUUCCCUCCAUUUAAUCACCACCUGUUCUCAUCAGCAAAUCAUUUUGGCUUCCCUCCUUCACCGUUUCCGUUCUCAGAACUCGUUGAUCUUUUCCAUUGCGAUGACUUUAGCCACUUGGGUCCCUUCCUCAGCGAUCUGUUUGGUGGGGAAAUAGCUUCUCCCUGCUUUGCCUUUCCAACGCCACUGAACAAGUACAGACCUCCACGGAAUCGUAGUGGACCUGCUAAUGAGCUUCACCUCCGACUGGAGGAGUGCUAUGAGCAGUGGAGAGCUUUGGAGAAGGAGAGAAAGAAGACUGAAGCUGACCUUGCAAGAAGCUUCCCAGGGCAGCGUGUGUCAAGCUCCAACAGCACUCCUGUGUCCCGACUUCCUGCUAACCCAUCCCGAGUCGAUCGCUUGAUUGUUGACCAGUUACGGGAGCAAGGCAGGGUGCUGACUUUGAUAGGGAAGGUGGAAAGCCUUUCUGGGACCCCUGUGCACAGAAACAUUUCCACCACGCUGCAACACCACAUGGAAGCUAUUCAGGUGACGCAGGCCAGGCGCAAGGAUGAGAUCAUUAAUGCUGCUAACCCCCAGAGACAAGGAGCACCACGUUACAGUAAUGAGAAAGACGUCCUGGCUCUGGCUGCUGCCAUCAGAGAGCUGGCUGCCUCCACACGCAAGGCUCGCACCGCCUUGUGGUGUGCCCUGCAGGUGGCCCUGCCAAAAACCUCUCCGAGCGCUCCGGUGAAAGAGGAAGCUGUGGAAAGGGCUUUGCAAGAGCCUUAUCCUCCAAACGCAAGUACACAAGAAACAAGCUGCAGGAAGCAUGAGAACAAAGGAAGCAAAGAUGGAAAACCUGAAGAACCCAUGAAGAUUCUGGAAUAAUAGCAACUAAUAAUGAUGAUAUUAAUAGUAAUAAUGAAAAGGCGGCAGAGGGCAAGGAGGGAAGGACAAAGUGUCCUCCAUAGUGCCAUGGGAAGGUGUUUUUGACAGGUUACCAAAAAGCAAACAGCUGAUCAGUGCUGCAGUUCUCUUACUGUGAUUCUGGUGUUGAGAGACACGUCCUGUAGUAGUGUUAAUGCAAUUUUAAUAUUGCUGGUGUUCAGUGUCUGCUGCCUCAGAGUUUUACUAUUCAGAGGAGCUAAACAAUAGCUGAGCAUUUCCUUGUGUGCUUAUCCAAAGCUAGGUAUCAGCUGUCAGUUAAGCCAUGACCUGAGAAACUAGAGGGUGGUAGAACUUCAUUCUCUCUUGGUUGGUUUGGGUUUUUUUUGGUGAAUGAUACUAUGUAGCAUACUCUAAAAAUCCAUUUGAAAGGUAUUUCCUAAUUAUUCAGGGCUUUUUUGCACCGUUCUGGAGUUCUUUUAAGUGCCAAAGCGAUCACUGAGUAGUUUGCCUCACAUCACUCUGUCCAGAGCCAUCCACACGCCCGCUUUGUUGUCGUGAUGGGGCAUCAGGUCCUUCAGGUUAUCUCCCAUCAGCUCAAGAAGAGUAACCAGCGAUUCCUCUGGGUUGUGUGAGACGCUUCAGCAGCUGCGCAGUACAGUUGCUGGCCAAACCAAUGUCAAGGGAGCUUUUCUGUAGCAUAGGCCCUUUAAGACAGCAAAAAAACCAGGAAGGUUUGGUGGGUGUGCAGCAAGUUCUGCACUGAAGCCAACGUGAGCAGGUGGUAGAAAGCCAUCCCUCAGGAUUAGAAAUGAGAUGUAUUGAUUCCUCAGUGGGUGACAAUAAAACAGUGACUGUAGAA